CCAGCACUUGCCCACCAUCUUUGCCUAUGCCCGCCUGCCCUGCCUGGAGACUUGAAUCCAAUUCUCGCAGAAGGGCCGUAAGGAAAACCUUCUUUCUUCUACUUUAACUUCCCUCUUCCAGCUUCUUCUCCAUUCCCGCCCAUACGAACACACUCACUCAUUCACUUACUCGAGCCCUCUCUACACGCCAACAGCCCCAACCCAAUAAGCGAUAAUACCUGCGAAACCCUUACUGUAUCAUCAUAAUACUUGCAAUACUUGCUGAUUUCGGAACCCCCGCCAUCGCCGCCCGCCUAUCCAUUUCGCCAGACUUGCGCAGUAUUCAGUCAACGACAAUCGCGAAGUUGCCACAUCUCUAUUUCGACCAUCGCCUGAUAACCCCGACGACUUCAAUCACCGCAACUGGUCGGAUCUGCCCACUUUCAACGAGCCGGUCGUAAUUCGGUCUCUGCGCCGAUACUGCCGUGCCCCUCGCUUUCGUUCGCCGUCAACUACCGGCGCCGGCCGCUGUUGCUCAUCGGAUCGCGAAACCCCUCGUUCCGCUCAACCCGCCACUCUCAUCUCAGAAACCAAUAUCAACUACACAACAAUAGUCGAAAUGGCUUGCGACUACCAAUACGUUAAGGAGCACACGAGGGAGGAUUACGUCUUUCCCUCGCACCGCUUCCAACGAUCAUGCCCUCCAGACAAAACUCCGCUAUGUCUCGUUGCUUGCGGCUCUUUCAGCCCAAUCACGUAUCUUCACCUUCGGAUGUUCCCCAUGGCUCGGGACCAUGCUCACAAUGAGAGUAGGUUGCUCGCUCAUUGCUUCUGAAGCAUCGCUGACAUUUAUCAGAUUUCGAAGUUGUUGCAGGUUUUUUGAGUCCUGGUAAGUGAAGGUCCUACCAGAUGAAACAUGCCCGAACUAACCAGAUGUCAGUCAGCGAUGCCUACAAAAAGAAGGGCCUAGCUCCUGCUCAUCAUCGGAUUGAGAUGUGUAGACUUGCGACCGAAAACAGUUCUAAGUGGCUAAUGGUCGACCCCUGGGAAGCUGAGAGCCCAACUUACAUCCCAACCGCCAAAGUGCUUGAUCACUUUGACUAUGAGAUCAACGAGGUCAUGGGCGGUGUUGAAUGCACUGACGGAACUCGAAAGCGCUGCCGCAUUGUGCUCCUUGCUGGCCUUGAUCUCAUCCAGACCAUGUCGACUCCCGGUGUGUGGGACGAGCGUGACCUUGACCACAUCCUGGGCAACUACGGCGUUUUUGCUUUGGAGCGUACAGGAACUGAAAUUGAUUCAACCCUGGCAAACCUGAAGCAAUGGGAGAAGAAUAUUCACAUAAUCCGUCAGGUCGUUACCAAUGACAUCAGCAGCACCAAGAUUCGCCUAUUGCUUAAACGUAACAUGUCAAUUGACUACUUGAUUCCUGAUCUUGUAGUCAGUUACAUCUUCGAGAAUAAUCUUUAUCGCGAUCUCGAUAUGCCUGACUCCAAGGGCAAGGAGAACGCCAUUACGAAUGGGCCCGAUGCCGGCACCAGCACCGGUUGAAUGUAUCCGUCAUUACGGUAAACGAUAGAACCAAUGCCCCCACCCAGACAUCGGUCCCGAUACAGCUACCGAGCUUUGAGCGCGGUAACCGAAUCAUUGAGAGCUCACGACGUAAAGAACAGAGCCCAGGCUAUGAGCGAGAACAGCUUCCGAUCUGAUGUUUGAGUCGUUGCGAUUUCAGGGCCAAGGAUCAAUGUUAGUCAUCGCAAUGGACCACAAUGGUUGAGUUGUCCUAGAUGCAUCGAGUUUAGGAUUCAGAAGGUGCGGUGAUGAGGAGGUGGACUUUUCACUUUCCUUAAUGACAGGACGUCGCUCUUGACGCAGCCUGCUAUGUAUCAGCGGUUGGAUAGAGCGCACUUUUGAGCGGAGAUAUUUCCAUCAAUUGAGGCAUACAAAGACGGGGCAUCCCGCUAUCUUGGGCCCAAUCUGUUACUAUCCAUGCCUAGCAACCCGCCGGGUUCGUCGGAGGUCUCCGACUAUUGAUAUGCACGUGUCAUAGAGAUUGAGGACAAAUUGUAGGUCUUUAAUUGGAGUUACCUCGGCCCGCUUCGAUAGUCUUUGUUGCCUUGGUUUAAAAAAGAGCCUUAAGUUUAAGCUUGUUGGCAAGCCAUGAUUUUAUAGAGAACCAGUCGGGUAGCCGAUAUAUGGAGUUUUAGCUGGAUAGAUACCCGUUCACAUCCUUGGGACCAAUGAUCCAAUUUAUUGUUUUUCAAUGGCUUUGGCCUGAAACCUGAGUGAUUUCGAUUGGACGAAUGAUAAAUCAACUGCCGCAAUUCCUAUGAACCGCCAAGUCUUCCGUCCGUUAAAGGACGGAAAAUAGCUCCCUGAG